CGUGCUUUGCUGAAAUCAUUACAGUGAGAGCAGAGAAUCCAAUAAGAAAAUAUCAAAAUAUUUCGCUACACUACGGGUAGAGUAUGUUUUGUGAAAGAAAACGAUCAUAGGUGAAAUGCAAAGGAAUUUAACAUUUGCAAUGCAAUAUUUGACUAAACAUUAACAACAUCGGCGGCUAGUGAAACACAAGCAAAUGAUUGAGCGUUUGUGAAAAGCUAAAUUUGUGAAUGCAAGCAUACAGUUUAAUUUACUGUAUCUAAAGAUUAGAAAAUGCCAUAUUUGGUCAAGUGAAGAAAAACCAAAAUCGUGUAAAUAACCUAUGCGGCAGAAAGUUAAUGGAAAACUAGUUUUAUCACUUUACUUUACUCACGUAAAACCGGGCAUGAAGUGAAAAGAGGCAAACAAUACUGAAAGCAAAAGAAAAAAUUUGGAGAAGUGCGAAAAAAUAAUACAAUUUAAAAUUUUUUGAAACAUUUUAAUUUCUCGCAAUAGUUUGUUUUUUUAUUUUCGAGUGUAAUUUACCUGUCGCUACGUGUUUGAUAAAUUCGCAAAUAUUAAAACAUCCAUUGCUCUUUGACAGCUUAUGGCUGCUUGCUUAAAAUUCUGUAUCGAACUGAAUUCAAGAUUCAUUAAACGAUAAGUGAUUUCCAGAGCCAAAAACAAAUUCCGUGCAUUUGUUCUAAAUUCAUUGACGGUGAUAUACUCGUACUUGAGCGCGCAUUCAGUACACCGCCACCGACGAAUCGUUCACAAUUGGUAGCUAGUUGUCCAAUUGGCUGAACUGUGCUUUUUAUUAUACGAAACAAUUUCUCAUUCAUUCCGGCACUUUAACGUUACCGCUGCCGCUGCUGCCGCCAUAACAACAACAAGUGCAAGUCGACGCGAGUGCUCCACAUUUCUGUAGCAUUUCUUUGCGAUUGGCAGUCAAUUGCACUCCAUUUGCAUACCACAAACAAAACAGUGACUAAUAGUAUUUGCAACAACCACUGCAUCUUUACCAUAAACAUUGUUGUUACAUUUCUCUUUGCCUAAAGAAAGUUUUGUAUAAUCUAUCGGAGUUCACACACACACACACAUAGCCUUGUCUAGUGUUUUUAUAGUUCCUGAAGUGUUAUUGUUAUUUCACACGUUGUGCGCGACGUCGACGUCACAUUCACAAUAAUGGCUGAUUUUGAUCUAAAUGUGGAUAGCCUCAUACAGCGGCUACUUGAGCCAUUCAAAAAGCAAAAAGAGGCUGAAGAGCAAGCGCAAAAAAUGCUCGUCGCUCAGCAUAUGCUGCAGCUGCAAAAGGAACAGCAAAAAACUGAUGCACAAUCGCCAAGCGAACCGGAAGAUCUGCAGGAACAGGAACGCCGGCUACUCGAACAAUUCGCUUUGUCGCCGCCAAGUGAGACGCUCAUCUCGGAAGAGGGUGAUCAAAUAACGGUGCAUCAUCCGCGUGAAGAACCAAAGAAGUCGAAGUUGAAAUUGCGUGACUUUUUCGUGGCCGAAUUUGUGCGCAGCUGUCGUGCCGGCAAAUCUGUACAAAUGUCCGAGGCUGAAGUGCGCGGUCUCUGUUUGAAGUCACGUGAAAUUUUCCUUCAACAACCUAUUCUCCUGGAACUCGAGGCACCGCUCAUCAUAUGCGGCGACAUACAUGGCCAAUAUACAGACUUAUUGCGCCUCUUCGAAUAUGGUGGCUUCCCACCAGCAGCCAAUUAUUUAUUCCUUGGCGAUUAUGUGGAUCGGGGUAAACAAUCGUUGGAGACUAUUUGCCUGCUAUUGGCCUACAAAAUAAAAUAUCCCGAAAAUUUCUUCUUGCUGCGCGGCAAUCACGAAUGCGCCAGUAUUAAUAGGAUCUAUGGCUUCUAUGAUGAGUGCAAACGCCGUUACAAUGUAAAAUUGUGGAAGACGUUCACAGACUGCUUCAAUUGCCUACCCGUUGCCGCCAUUAUUGAUGAGAAGAUUUUCUGUUGCCACGGUGGCCUGAGUCCUGAUCUGCAGGGUAUGGAACAGAUACGUCGCCUUAUGCGUCCAACUGAUGUACCCGAUACCGGCCUAUUGUGCGAUUUGCUAUGGAGUGAUCCGGAUAAGGAUGUGCAGGGUUGGGGUGAGAAUGAUCGUGGCGUGAGUUUCACAUUUGGUGUUGAUGUGGUGUCGAAAUUCUUGCAUCGGCACGAACUGGAUCUCAUCUGUCGAGCGCAUCAGGUCGUCGAAGAUGGCUAUGAAUUCUUUGCGCGCCGUCAACUGGUGACCCUCUUCUCGGCGCCAAACUACUGUGGUGAAUUCGACAAUGCUGGCGGAAUGAUGACUGUGGAUGACACGUUAAUGUGCUCAUUUCAGAUACUCAAACCAUCGGAGAAGAAAGCGAAAUACUUGUACAGCGGCAUGAACUCGUCGCGACCGACUACACCACAACGCAAUGCACCGCUAAUAGCAUCGAAUAAAAAGGGCAAAUAAUAUAUCCAUCCACUUCCAUUUCCUUAAAAGUUAAUUAAUUACUAUAUUAAAUUAAAAUUCGAGAAUAUUCAUGAAAAUGCAAACAAACAAAAUCACAAACGAUGUAACAACAAAAAUAAUAAAAAGGAAAAGCAGACGAAGCGCGCUAGCAGCAAGUGAGAAGGCAGAAAUUCAAAAGUAAAAAAUACCAAAAAAAUAUCACAAAAAAAUACAAAACAAACAACAAAAAAAGAUACAAAAAAAAAAACAAAACGAAA